AUGGCCACUCCUAGCACCAUUCAUCUUCAAGCUGCUGAGAGAGUACUUCGAUACAUCAAAUCCACACCAGGUCAAGGGAUUUUCAUAUUUACAGCAUCUCCCUUACAUUUAAAAGCAUAUUCUGAUAGUGAUUGGGGUGGUUGCCUAGAUACUAGAAGAAGUGUGACUGGUUUCACAGUUUUUAUAGGAGAUUUUCUUAUCUCUUGGAAAUCAAAGAAGCAACCCACUGUUAGUAGAUCAUCUGCUGAAUCUGAAUACAGGGCUUUAGCAUCUACAACUUGUGAGAUUCAAUGGCUAUUCUACCUUCUGGCUGACUCAAAUGUUCUUCAUUCCCAAGCUGCAUUAUUGUAUACUGAUAGUAAACCUGCUUCUGAUAUUACUUCUAAUCUUGUUCACCAUGAAAGGACCAAGCAUAUAUAA